AUGAGUCGCGACGCAAAACCGUUUUUUAGAAGGCCCACACUGGCCGAUCUUGUGGCAGGAAGACAAGGCUCAAAUGUAUCACAGGAAUCCAACUCUGCUGGGACGUGUCAAGGUGUUUCGGUAUCCUCCGCGGGUUCUACGGUGCCGCCAGUCUCCGUGAAUACCGGAGGUCGCCCAGUAGAUGACGUGGAGGAAGCAGGGGCUCAUGAUGAUUCCUUUGCAAGGAUGGAACAGUCGGGACAAUGGAAGCUGGAGAAAAUAAACCGAGGGAAACUACACGAUAUGUUUGUCAAGGAAAAUGGUAUCCGACGGGAUAAUGUCAUACGGCUUUUAAAAAAAAUAGGUAUAAAUUCCUCACUGAAUGAUGCAGCACUGCAGGUGCUUUUUAAGGAAAAUACACACACCGAGUCUUCCAUUUUACCUGAGCAAUGGGUGGCUCUUGUAGAGAAACUACUCCGGGUACAGGAAGAUGCUACCGAGGGCACGGCGCAAUCCAAUGAGGUUCUUGCGUCAAAGCCAAGAAAUGAUGAAAAGCCGAAGAACGUCAACGUGAUGCAGAGGAAGGAUACAGUUUCAUCACAGAGGAAUCGAGAGGUUUUACCUGAGCGUAAAGAUGGAAAUAAAAACAAUGUCAGUAUCAACAACUACGUUUUGAAUGAAACCAGGGAACAUCCUGGUGAAGUAUUUGAGAAAAAGUGGAUUACCGGAGGUGAGGCGACAGAUAUUGCCUUGUUGAAGUUGUUUAUUCAUUGUGGUGCAUUAGACCGAAAAGAUAGAGGAAUAGAAUUGUUACCUGAAGAUUUUAGACGCGUCACGUAUCUCCGACGAAACAUAUUACCUCCAAAACCCAUCGUAUGGGAUGCGGCAUCUAAAAUAGCUGAUUGGUGCUUGCAAAAUUCGCAUUCAACAAGUUAUGAAACAGAUGAUUUAUGCAUGAAAAUGUCAAGUUUUCUGGACCUUUUAAAUGAUGAGUUUCUUGACCUUACAGGUGGAAAAGUAUGGAAUGACAAGGCAGCGAAUUCUUCUCCUCCGACAGUAUGCAUGGUUCUUGCUUCACUGGCACCUGUGCCACUACAGCGGCUUUUUGGCAAAGAGGUGGUAGAUCACCUUUGCAGUCCCUCGACGGUUCAGAACGUAUUGAGGGCAUUAGGAGGUUCUCGUGGACUUUUUUCAACUUUUAAUGAGCCAAUGCCUCAAAAUGGGAAGGAGUUUGGGAUUCCUCCACCAUUGCCACCCCCAGCCUCGAAUAACCCGCAACGUCCACAGGCCCGUUUAUUGCCUUUUUUUUCUUCGAGCGCAUGUAUGAUCGGCAUGGGUGGUGGUGGCGCUGAGGGUUGUUUCACUGGCAUGGAUGGGGCAGGUGUUAAGAAGAAAUCCCCUUUGGUUUCUUAUUCUGUGGGCUCACGUUCUUCUUCGACGCUGCGGGGUGCAAAUGGGAAGAAUGAGCAGCCACGAUACAUGGAACCAAGGCCACUUGACGAAAUAUCUGCCUCUAUUGUUGCAAGAUCCAAGGCCCGUAGGCUUAUAGAUGAACUUCGAAAGAAUGCCAUUCCCAUUAAUCGUUACGAGUGUUUUGCACGUAUUGAUUACGUUCAAAGAGCCAUAUUUGAUGAUGCUAGCCUUGGAGAGGAAGAGGAGGAGGAGGAAGAGGAGGAGGAUGGUGGAAAUGUUAGUCGUGAUGCCGGAGCACGCGCCCAUCGACGGCAUCGUUACACUCGUUACAGGGCUCGACCGCCAGACAUUACAGGCCCAUUGUUACCUGGCAUGUAUAAGUUGGGUGGGCUUGGUCAACCCCUGCAGCGUCGAGCAAGGCAGGAGACAUUUGAGCGUCUUUACGGGCUACGCUUUGGUCAAGUGCGUGGGGUAAGCAAUGGCUCCGGGUAUCGAUCCACGUCCUUGAAGAGUGCGGCACUUUUGGCGUCACGCAGCGCGAGUGAAAGAGGCACACUUGCUUCUGGGCAAAUCAACCCAGUGAAAGUGGAGGACUCAAAAAAGGUGGGGUUUACUGAGGAGCGACCGAUGCAACAGGCGGAUGAUGCGCCGACACCUUUGUAUCAGCGACGGCAAAUUCGUGGGAAAAUGACACGGCGGGGCUCACGACCACCGUUAAUGCUGGCCAAUUUGUUUGCAAAACAAAUUGUCUUUUCUUCGCCCGGCUCACAACUACCGACUCCUAAUUCUGGCACUGUUUCCACAAGGAAGGGUCAAAAAAGAAACGGUUGA